AUGGCCCACCAGCAGCUCUGCUGGAACCACCCGAGGAAGUUUGGCCAGGGCUCGAACCACCACGACCUGAUUUGCAAGAACGGGCUCAACGUGUGCCGCCAGUGCUUCCGCCACUAUGCCAAGGACAUUGGAUUCAUUAGACUGGAUUAA